AUGCAACAAGAUUUGGACGGUGUGUUGUCACAAUUUCAAUACUCGAGGUUUUUUAUCGCGUUCACAUAUUUUGCUGUUCUUAACGUCUUAACUGCGGUUUUUUGUCAAACUGCCAUAGAAAGUGCACAAAAUGAUCAGACAACGAUGGUGCACACAAUGAUCAGCAACAAGAAUGCCAUCCUUGCCAAGUUGCAGUCGUUAUUCUACGAAAUUGGUUCCGAUGGCUGCGACCGUGGCCAACUCACCCUUGGAGCUUUCGAAACCAAGAUGAAGAAUCCUGAAGUGCACGAUUUUUUGGAGUCUUUGGGGCUGAACGUGUGGGAUGCGUGGUCUUUUUUCAAGCUUUUGGAUGCCGACGGAGGCGGAGCCGUUGAUAUCGAAGAGUUCUUCCAAGGCUGCCUCCGCCACCGGGGUGCCGCCAGGUCGAUGGACGUGGGGAAGAUCAUCCAGGAUCAGGAGUGGAUCAUCCACAACCAAGGUAAGUUUCAAGUGCUUGUUCAAGACGACCUCGCCUUCGUCAAGGAGAAGUUGCUGACGCUCGCUGAGCUCCUCCGCUCUGAAAGUUCGGAGAGCGACGAGAAUGAGCCAGGCAUUAAUGAGAAGUGA